AUGCACAGAAAGAACCUCACAGAGGUGACAGAGUUUGUUUUCCUGGGAUUCUCUAGAUUCCAUGAACACCAGAUCACCCUCUUUGUGGUUUUUCUCAUCCUGUACACAUUAAUCUUAGCUGGUAAUGUCAUCAUUGUGACCAUCAUCCACAUUGAUCAUCACCUGCACACUCCCAUGUACUUCUUCCUGAACAUACUGGCUAGCUCAGAGACAAUGUAUACACUGGUCAUCAUUCCACGGAUGCUCUCCAGCCUUGUAGCCCAGAACCAGCCAAUCUCCCUAGCAGGUUGUACCACCCAAAUGUUCUUCUUUGUUACCUUGGCCAUCAACAACUGCUUCUUGCUCACGGCAAUGGGGUAUGACCGCUAUGUGGCCAUCUGCACCCCCCUGAGAUACACAGUCAUCAUGAGCAAGAAGGUGUGUGUGCAGCUGAUGUGUGGAGCCUUUGGCAUUGGCCUCGCCAUGGCAGCUGUCCAAGUGACAUCCAUAUUUACCUUACCCUUUUGUUACAGGGUGGUUGGUCAUUUCUUCUGUGACAUACUCCCUGUCAUGAAACUCUCCUGUAUUGAUACCACUAUCAAUGAGAUAAUAAACUUUGUUGUCAGUUCAUUUGCAAUCCUGGUCCCCAUGGGCCUGGUCUUCAUCUCCUAUGUCCUCAUAAUCUCCACUAUCCUCAAGAUUGCCUCAGCUGAAGGCCGGAAAAAGACCUUUGCCACCUGUGCCUCCCACCUCACUGUGGUCAUUGUCCACUACGGCUGUGCCUCCAUUGCCUAUCUCAAGCCCAAGUCAGAAAAUUCUGUAGAACAAGACCUCCUUCUCUCAGUGACCUACACCAUCAUCACUCCUCUGCUGAACCCUGUUGUUUAUAGCCUCAGGAACAAGGAGGUCAAGGAUGCUCUACGCAGAGCAGUGGGCAGAAACAUUUCUUAA